CCCCAAAACCCACAAUUUCACAUCUGCAAACACUGUCUUCAUCCACUUGACUCCUAAGACCCGCCCACACGUGGCCAACCUUUCGCGUUUUUUAAUGCUUUUUCACUGCAGGUUCAUGUGUUGAGACCAACCUUAUAUGGACUGAUCGGACAAGGUAAUGGCUUAUUUCCCUCUAGCACCCAGCAGUAGCACAAUAUCCAUGAGCCACAUAUAGCACUUCAGCCUCUUUGGCAUCCUUCCUGGACUUAAAGAGACUGAAUCCGCUGCUACUACUUGCUUAGGCAAUGGUUAUCCACAGUGGCUGCUUUGACUGUACUUCAGCGUAGAGCGACACUCACUCGUCCUGUUUUCCUGAAAAAUCGCUUCUGCUUUUUGUUGUUUGUUUUCUUUCAAAACAGCGGAUUGUCCGAAAAGCUGGUGCAGCAACUUUCCCUGCAUAUUCCCCCCCACCAGAAUAUGUCGUUGACCAACACAAAGACGGGCUUUUCUGUAAAGGACAUUUUGGACCUUCCUGACACAAAUGACGAAGAAGGAUCUAUCACCGGAGCGGAGGAAGACACAGAGGGAUCGGAGACCACGUCCACGACAAAAACCACUGGAGUUUUGGUGCAAAGUCCUCUAGAAAACGUUCAAAAUCUGCCUUUAAAGAACCCCUUUUAUGACAGUAGUGACAAUCCUUACACACGAUGGCUUGCAACAACGGACAGUAUUCAAUAUUCAUUGCACGGUCUAUCCGCCAGCUCUCAGGACUCCGCCAAGUCCCCGGAGCCUUCUGCGGACGACGAAUCGCCGGACAACGACAAGGAAACUUCCAGCAGCGGCGGGAGCGACUCUGGCAAGAAGCGGAAAAGGAGGGUGUUGUUUUCCAAGGCACAGACCUAUGAGCUGGAGCGCCGCUUCAGACAGCAGAGGUACCUGUCCGCCCCGGAGAGGGAGCACCUGGCCAGCUUGAUCCGCCUCACCCCGACCCAAGUGAAGAUCUGGUUCCAGAACCACCGGUAUAAGAUGAAGAGAGCCCGGGCCGAGAAAGGUAUGGAAGUGACCCAUCUCCCUUCUCCCAGGCGGGUGGCCGUGCCCGUCUUAGUCAGGGAUGGAAAGCCUUGUCACACUCUUAAAGCUCAGGACUUGGCGGCCACUUUUCAGGCCGGGAUCCCCUUUUCGGCAUAUAGUGCCCAGUCACUCCAACACAUGCAGUAUAACGCGCAGUACAGCGCCGCGGCCACGCCACAAUUCCCCACAGCACAUCACUUGGUGCAAACGCAACAGUGGACUUGGUGAGAGAAAUUAUAGAGACUUGGCUUGGAGGCGCGGUAGGGAGUUUCACCACAAAGCAAAGAAAAAAUAAAACACACAAACAAAAGACUUUUCAUUUUUGCAGCUUGACUCAUAUAUAUACUACCAUUUUUAUUCGGGGCUCAUGUGUGCGCCGUGUUUACAUGUUUUCGUUAAGAGAACUGGGUCCAAACCUCUCCCAUAUAGAUUUUAUUAAGAAUGUCAAUGCUCUUCUUGUGAUUUUUUAUUUUUUAUUUUAUUUUUUUGUAAGUAUGUUGUGUGUUGGUUGUAGAGAUGUUUCCUCUUUUUUUUUUCUUUGUCCCUUCGUGUUAUUAUCAGCACGUACGAACCACUUUAUAAUUAUAGAAAUUUUAAUUUCUUGCUUCUUUUAUGGACCGAAAAAAAUAUUUAUGGCCAUGAAUAAACACUGGCAAGUUUUCAGCUUUUUCCCUUUGGUUUUUAUUUCUUGUAAAUAAUUUUGUGGCAGGUGUUUGCAACGCAGAGCAGUUGCGGGAGUGUGGCGAUGAAGAGGGUUGUGUAGCCUACAUUUCUGAAUCUUUUAAUUAAAAAAAAUAAAAUAAGGGGACUGCCGUGUAAAUAAAAACUGUAGCCUCGCGGCGACGGUUAAAUAACCGAUUUUGUUUUUUUUAAAUAAAAAUAAUAAUUUAAAUAAAAUGCGUUGUUUCUGACACCAGGGUUUGGUUUAUAGCCGCCACUGUGAAAUUUCUAUUUUAUUUUAAAAGACUCCGGUAAACGUGGUGAUAAAAGGCGAUGAUGAAAACACUUUAUUGUGGCACAGAAUGGAAGUGAGCACGGGAACGAAAAAAAAAAAAUCUCCAGCGCACUUCAGUUCUUUCUCUUUCAGGCAAAUUUAAUCCCGAAAAUAUUUUUUCUCAAUCCGAACACCUCGCUAAUAAAGAGCCGAAAGUCACUUGUGAAAUGGGACUAAAAUCCACUCACUUACUAUAAGUGGGCUUCUCAACAUAAGAAGCUUUUGAGUGAAAAGCUCUCCUUUUUGUCAGCAUCCCCAACCACCCCCGGCCUUGGUUGUAAAGUGGUAGACUGCGAGGAAAAACAUCGUUUAAUGCAAUAAAUGUUUUGUUAUCUUGUUAAGCGCUAAACUGCAAACAGAGCAGGACGGAUCAAUGACUCACCAGCCUUCUUUGUUUAAUCACGGCAGCGUUCAGCUAAAAUUCACGUGGCUUACAGAGACUUGAAGGGACUAAUAAAGACAUUUUUUACACGAUCAUAUAACAUGUUGGCAAUCAUAGCCCGCAUUACAAUAUACUUUACGCUAUUAGGCACAGCGUUCUUUACCGUGGGACCAAAACGAGCACAAAUGGCUCCCCAGUGAUCCGCAGAGCGCAUUGCGGAUUAUCAGACUCCAGUCAAUAUCUUGAGUAAAUAUGAUAACCUAGGUGAAAAAAAAUCUAUGCAUUUUGUUUGUCCCGGGCCAAAAAAUCUCACAGCAGAUGUUAGAGUCGCCCCUAUCAUCACCGAACAAACAGCUAAAUUGGGCAGAUUUGCUAAUUAUUUACAGAAUUGAGUCUCAGGGGGCUACUGCUUUUGUGGAUGACACAGACUCAAUUUGUAGCUGACAGAAAGGUUUUGUGUUUCGAGCUUCCAGGUCAAAUAAAUCAAACUUUAUUUUUUUAUUUCUUUGUCUUAAAACCCCCAGAAACGUGUCUGUGCGUGUGUUAAAUAAGCAGCCGCAGUUAUUAUAGAAACCCGCCACAUGCGAAGAGAAAAAUGACGUGAGUACCAGUGCGUGUUAUGAGAAUUAUAAAGAGAACCGAUAAGAGUCGAUGAUAAAUGAUUGCCUGUCUGUGAUUGGAUUUUAGUGAACUCUGACUGGUUUCUUUCAAAUCAAACUCCAACUGAACAAGUCCCGGAACAAUAACGCAAUUUAAAAACUCAUAAGUGAAAGAAUGACGCUGACAUUUGUGUCAGUUUUUGUCCAACAGAGAAGGCAGCUCUGCGACUCUAUCACUGCGCAACGCGAGUGCACGAGGCAAUAAAAAAAAUUAAAAUAAAAAACAAAAGCCCAGGCCUGGUUUCUGUGGAUGUUAGAGGCGUGCAUGCUAACGAGCAGCAGGAGUGGAGAUGCAGACAGUGUAGAUAGACAGAGUUUCUUGGUGCUGUUCAGAGUCAGGGAGAUGUAUCCUUGGGCUUUUUGUCCUGCCUGUCACUUGGUGCCAUUGUGAUCCUUGCUGCACACGUUGUGUCCCAUAUGGGCAGCUGGGCUCGGAAAAGGAGAAAAGGAUCUCUUACAAGCCCCAAAUUGUAUCAAGCUUUCAAAUAAAGCAUUGUUGUCUCUCAAAGAAAAACGAAUUAAAAAUUCGUGCUAUAUCUAUUCUGGUCAAAAAAAGAAGCCCCAUUCACACAUAACAGGGAGUCCUUCUUCCUUGAUAGAGCUAUGCCAACAACAGCCUUCUCAUUUCUCUUUUCCCUCUAUCCUCCCAUUCUCCAACGUGAAAGGCCGAUUAUUGUCUGUCCAAAAAAGUGGCUCGUCAAGGCGCAAAAACUAUUUUUAAUUCUAGACAGUGUUCCUCCUUGUUUGCUGUGCGUGGGCCUGUUUCUAAAAUGAACACAUGGAAAAAUAUUUGACACUGUUUGGCCCCCCGUCCUUUUUUAAGGACUUCCGUAUCGAGAGUAAACUUGAGCUACUAUUAAUUAACAAUUUACGGUUAGAUUUCACAGCAGCUCUCCUGACGUUAAAGCCAGUGCCGUGCUGCUGCGCAAUAUACGGAUGCAGAACAAAUAAUACACCUGACUAAUAAGUAAAUGCUGAAGCUGCCAUUUGCACUUUUAUUUUGCUUUGAAUGGAAAAUGCAGAUGUUUUUCCGUGAGGACAAAAACUGGGUUUGUUGGCAGGUGUGUUGUGGACUUUUACGCAUGAAAGACCGGAACUGAUCCCAUUCAAGUGGUUUCUUUAUUCAUAAAUUGCCUUUACAUUUUCAUAUUUAACAAUAUGAUAUUUAACACUUUUUUCCGGAUCCAUACAAAUCUGCUUUCAGAAAUUAUGCUCACUUGCAAAUAUAAAGUGAUUUAAACCAGCUGGAAGCUCC